AUGCGAGCUGCAUUGCAAGUCUGUAACCCGCACAAGGAGUACACGGACAGGGUGCCCAAAGACAGCGAGGCAUUCAUGGAGGGCCUUGCAGCGUUCUACACCGAGCACGAGACGGAUUUGCCAAAGCCAGUGGUGGACAAAACGCCGCUCGAUCUGUACUUCAUCUUCAAGGCCGUGGCACAGAGGGGAGGCUACCAGGCAGUCUGCGUGCAGAGGCAUUGGCUGGCAGUGAGCACGGAGUGGCGCCCGGAGCUGAGGGAGAAGUCGAGCCUGUCAAAUUCUGUGCGCAAGAAUUACGAGCGCGUGCUUCUGGCGUACGAAGAUCAUCUGAGCCAAGGCGCGGCCGAGCGACUCAUCCAAGUCACAUGGGGCGCCAAGUCUGCCGGCAAACGCGAGGCCAAGGCGCAGCGGGAGGAGGCAGAGCAGGAGGAGAAGCCAUGUAAGAAGGCGUCAAGGAAGGCAGCAAAGAAGACAGCCAAAGAUGGAGCAGACUGUGCGGAGAAGGAAUCUUCUGAGCAGCAGGGUACAAAGGCGGCUGCGCCUCCGACCGUGCUAGAUGAGAGCAGCAGCACCAGUGAGUCUGACGCAGCAUCCUCCAGCGAUUCAGAAGAGGGCAUUCCACCAGCCAAGGCGCCUGCAGCGCCGUCGCAAAAGCGGCGGCCAGAGAGGGAAGGCAGGCCACAGAACGGACAGCUGGAAGACCUGCAGCAGUUGAAGAGGCGAAGACUUGAAAAGCAGAGGCGGAUGCAGCAAGAUGCCUACGCCUCGCUGGAUGCCGAUGAGCCUCCGCCCCCAGCGCCACUGCAAAAGCCGGCAGCCAAACUCCGCGCAGGAGGUGCAGCGGGACAGGCAAAAUCGCCCGGCAAGGGCGCCACUCGACUGCCGCCUCCGCAGGCGAAGCCGCCUAAAAAAGACAGCAAGCCCGGCCGCACCAUGCUCAUGAUGAAGUUCCCAGAGAGGCACCAGCUACCCACAAAGAUGCAGGUGUGGGCGCGCAUGAAGAAGUUCCAGAAGAACGCAGCUCUGACGGUGGAGAACGUGCUGCGCUCUGAUGAGAAGAAACUGGUGUCGAUAAAGUACGGGACGCCAGAGGAGGCUGCCAAAGCAAUGGCGUCACUGGAGCAGAUGCCUGUGAUCUUCUUUGCCAAAAGGGAAGCGGUGGGGCUGAGGUUGGAGGUCCCCAGGCCAAAGCCGGCACCCGAGACCGCAGGCGCGCGGCCCAACAGCGCCGAUGCCGUGCCGGCGGCCACGGCGCAGCCGACACCGGCGGCGGCCGCCUCGUCGGCGGUGCCGAUUCAGAUGCCGACGGACCCCCGCAAGGCCGCCCAGCAGCCGUCCGAUCCCCGCAGGCCCCCCGCUGUGGCGGCUGCUCCGCAGCUGCCGCAGCCGGCCGCUGUACCUAUCAUCCCCAGCGACCCCCGGCGGACACCGGCGCCAAAAACCACUGUCAUUGGGGACCCGAGUCAGUUCCAGAACAGGGUGCUCUCCGGGCCCGGGCAGGCGGCGGCCGCCAACCCCUACGCGUCAGCCUCCUUCCCGCAGCAGCAGCAGCAGCAGCCAUCUUAUGUGCAGCAGCCAUACCCCGCAGCCAACCCACCCGCGUACGCCCCGCAAGCCUACACGUCAGACCCGCGCACAGCAGCAGCGGUCAGAUACGCCCCAAGCUAUCCACCGGCGCCGCAGCCGCAGCCGCCGCAGCCGCCAAUGGAUCCGCGCGCUAAGAUCGAGGCGAUCCGAGCAGCCAUCGCCGCGCAGACGGCCCCGGCGCCGACCGCGGCGGCUGCCCAGCCGGGCAGCGGGCAGCUGCCCGCAGUGGUCCCUUCGAUCCUCGAGGCACAGCCGCAGCCGCAGCCGCUGUUAGCGGCCGCCUCGCCGGCAGCGCCGCUCCCCGUGGCCACCUUUGACCUCUUUAGCAUCCUACAGAACGCCGGGGUGAAGCCGGCCGUCUCUGGCGCGCCCCAGGGCGGCUCUGUCGGCCCUCAGGACAGCGAUAAGCAGCCAAUCUCGCAGCCGGAGGCGAAAGCAUCGGUGGAGCAGAGCUUGGCUCCGGCCCCGGACGGUGCAGCUCCCAGUAGCUCAGCAGCAUCGGAAGUGAAGCAGGAAGUGAAGGAGGAAGUGAAAGCUGAAGAGGCAGAUGCGGCGCCUGUGAUGGGGCAGGUGGCUUCCGCGCCCAACAUUACGGCAGAGAUGAUGCAGCUGCUUGGGAAGUUGGAAACUGGAGUGGGCCGCCUGGAUGCCACGCCAGAGGGCAGCGCUGAGAAUGAGCCUGCGCCGGAGCCCAACCUUCAAGAGGAGAUGAUGCAGCUGCUGCACAAAUGUGGCGGUGCAUGA